GCACGGGGAAGCCGCACGCGCACCCACCCUCCCAUGUCCGAUCCCCUCCCCUCCCCUUCCUUCCGCUCCGCUUCCCCUUCCCAGUCCCCUCGCCCCCUCAACUCCACCGCGCUCCAGUCCAGUCUCCUCCGCGUCUCGCCGCUUUCCCCUCCGCCCGGGCGCCGCGGCCCCUCCCGAUCCCGUGGACGUCCUCGCGUCGCAGGCGGCGGACUGCACGACAGUUGACCAGCUUAGGGAAUGUUUUACCAGUAUUGUUCAUGGUAAACUCAGAGUUUCCAUCAACUGUCGGGAAACGUGAACUUGUAUCAGCUCCAUCUUUAGUGUCAACCAAUUUCUUCUACAGAGGGGCAACAGGACUACUUUGAAGUGAAUUAUGGGUGGGUUCUGCUGCUGCCUCAGUACUGAAGAUUUUGAGGAAUAUGUCUAUCCAAACAACCCUAUCUAUAGGCAAUGCAUAUCCUUGAGGCAUUUUUUCCACAGCAUUUUUGGCGGGUAUACUGCAACAUUCCAGAGGCUUGAGUCUAGACCAAACAACCCAGCUCAAGGGGUUACUCCACCGGGAUCCACUAAUCCAAGUGUCAACAUAAAUGACAAUUCGCUCGCUGAAACUUAUCACCUUGUUUCUAGACCACCUCCCUAUGAUACCGAUCCUAGAUAUGCCCGUGUUCAAAGAGAGGGAUUAGUCUCCAGGCGUGAAAAAUCCAUAAAUCUUGCACAAGAAGAGUCUCUAGCCCUUAGACGAAAUGGCAGCAGCUCUGGUAUUGAGCAUUUAGCUGCUCAGAAGAAACGGAGUAGCACUGAAAAUGAGGGUGAAUAUAUGGUCCAUCGUUCUGAAUCAACUAAGAGUUUGUCGGCAAAAGCUUAUAGUAGCAGCUAUGCAGUUGUCGCUUCAGAAGAUGAGGAUGUCUGCCCUACUUGUCUUGAAGAAUACACGCCAGACAAUCCAAAAAUUAUAACCAAGUGCUGUCACCAUUUUCAUCUUGGUUGUAUUUAUGAAUGGAUGGAAAGAAGUGAUACAUGCCCAAUUUGUGGAAAGGAAAUGGAGUUUUGCGAGAGCCCGUGAUAGCCAUUCGGUUUACAUGAUCUCACAUCGGAGCAAGGGAAACAGUCUACAGAGUGUGGAAUGCUGGAGAAUUGUAAAUAAUAGUUAUUCCUUAUGGGAUGUCCAAAUAGAUCUCUUUCUCGAGAUCAGUUUCUUACAUGUACUGAAAUGGCUAUCUAACUAAAAUUCAUGCUAGAAUUUGCUUGCUCAGUCUUUGUUAUAUUUGCAAAUGGUAGCUCGGAUGGAAGCGCGGAUUAACCUGAUCAUAGAGAUUGUCUGGUGGUUGCUGUAGCUAUCUCAUGAUGAAUCUUUUACCUAAGGCAUUGUUUAGUUAAA